UGCGGCUCACGUUAUGAUUAGGACAGAAAGCCGUAGUGUCAGUUUUUAAGUUUCUUGUGAGUCUAGGGUCUCGCGCUCUAUCAAACGUUUUCACCGCGCGCGCCUCUGCCUCUUUCAGCGUCUCUUUUUAAAACUCAAAGGCGCGAGACAGUUAACCCGAGCUUGUUAAGAAAGAGUCCUGACUUAAAAGAGGUUUUUAAAGAAAGCGCGCCUCUCUCUUCGGAGAACUCCUCUUCACAUUUUUAGGGAGAUUUUAAGCUGAACUUGUCUGCUGUGGGUCGCAACCAUGGAGAAACACGACUGUUCCUCAGCAACCCAGGAGUACCCACAUCCGUUUAUCUACGAGGUGAAGCUGACCAGAGCACAGAGGAUCAGGGGAAUCCUCCUGGGCAGCAUCCUCGUCCCUCUACGUAUAACGCUGGCGGCCUUAUUUUUCCUCAUCAUGUGGCCCAUUGCCCGGCUCAGAUUGGCAGGCCUUUCUAAAGAAGAGCGUGCCCGACCCGUCAGAGGCUGGCGCAGCUGGCUUUUCCACCCUAUCGUCUGGCUCCUGAGCAGAGCUGUGUUCUUCUCCCUGGGCUUCCUGUGGGUCAAAGUGAAAGGUCGCAGGGCCGACCUGAAGGAGGCGCCGGUCCUGGUGGUGGCACCCCAUAGCAGCUUUCUAGACAUGCUGGUUCUGUGCCCAACCCAGCUGGCAACCGUUGUGUCGCGGUCAGAGAACACAAGCUUGCCCGUCAUAGGAGCUCUGCUGGAGUUCAACCAGUCUGUGCUCGUGAGCAGGAAAGAUCCGGAGUCGAGGAAGAAGGCCGUCACUGAGCUCAUCGAGAGGCUGACCUCUAAAGGCUACUGGCCCCAGAUGCUCAUGUUUCCAGAAGGAACCACAACUAAUGGCCGAGCUCUCAUCAAGUUCAAGCCCGGUGCCUUUCUUGCUGGAGUCCCUGUCCAACCAGUACUUCUGCGUUACCCAAACAAACUGGAUACAGUUCGAUGGACAUAUAAAGGAGCAUCAUGGACCGAUGCACUGUGGCACACUGCUUCACAGUUUUACACAAACAUGACUGUUGAGUUCCUGCCUGUUUACAACCCUUCUGAGGAGGAGAAGCGGGACCCCAACCUGUAUGCAGACAAUGUUCAAAAACUCAUGGCCAUGGCUUUAGGAGUCCCAGCCACAGACUAUGUGAUGGAGGGCAGAGUUCCUGUAAGCACACUAGGUGGUCUGUCUCUACCACUGGCAUCUCCUGGCAGGGAAACUCUGUCUCUUCUGCGUAAAAAUGGACUGGAAGCACAUGAAAUCGAAGCGGCGCUGGCCAAAAUCAUUGACAGGUGUCUGUCCAGAGCUCAGAGCUCAAAGGCCAAUGCAGACGAGCUCACCUCUAUUUUUUUCCUGAAGGAUAAACAAGCAGCCGUCUGUAUCUGCAGCUUAUACUCAAAGGAUGAAACGGUGGACCUCAGACAGCUUUACUGCAGUGUUUCUGCUCUUAUGGACUUCAGCAACUUCAAGGACCUGCUUCACACAGCUUUUAAGUUCUUCGACCAUGAGGGAAAAGGCAGCUUGAGUGCAGAAGAGCUCUCAGACCUCAUGGGGGCGCUUUUUGGCAUUCCUCAGCACAACACCGGUGCACUGUAUGCUGAGGCCUCCAGUCGAGGCCUGCUUACGGAAGAAAACCUGCUACAAGUGCUGACAACCCACCCGACCUAUCAGAGAGUGGUGAACGACUACCUGCAGCCUGAGGAGGUGGGCUCACAGCUGUUGCUCGCUCCUGCAGCCAAUGGGAAGGCUGUAAACAACAACGUCAACGGGUCUCUCCACCACAACAAGAAGUUCAAAUGAGUGUUUAAUUGCUGCCGGUUUUAUUUCAACUUUUUUCCCGAUCAUAUCGGAACCAAACAAAGACGAAGAAUAUUUUUAUGUGUUUGUACGUUGGACAUUCUGAUAUUUCUGAUGUAUUUUAAGUUGAGCAUCACUUGCACAAAUGUGGAAACGCCUAAAGAGAAAGAAUAAUUUCCUCUGAAGUGAUUCUGAAGGUCUUUUUAUAUUUACUGAUAUGUUUUUAUCUUAUAAUAAUUGCUUGUGUGUUAGAGGUUAAUUUUGCUAUUUAUAAAAGUGUGUGUGUGUGUGUGUGUGUGUGUGUGCGUGCCAGAAUAACUUAACACUGUAAAGUUAAUGUAAUGUAUCUGAUUUUUAAAGAGUGUGUUUAUUUCAUCAAUAAACUGAGCUGUUUUGAGGA